CAUUGCAAAGCAACGCAACGGCACUUCUUCUUGCCCUCGUCUUCCUUCUCCUCGUGACCAUCACAGCGUCGUGAUAACACUCACCCAGCCGUCCGAGUUCAGCUCCAUCUCUCUCGUCUCCUAUCGCAUCACUCCCCUCCAACUUGAAGCAUGCCCUCCAACAAGGCGCAGAUCAUCCCCUCUCCGCACCCGCCCAUCCCCGCCUCGCAAGGCCCACAAGCUGGGGACAAUCUCGCCUCCUUUCUCCUCCGCAACCCAAACAAUGUCCCCUCGACCAAACCGGCCUACAUCCGUCUAGACGGGCAUGCUCUGACGCGCGGAGACCUCUUCUCUCUCUCCUCCCGCCUAGCAUGGGCUCUCCGAUCCCUCCUCAAGUUGGAAGUGGGGAGCAGGGUGGCAAUCUUCUCGCCCAACUCGACGUGGUACCCCGUGGCGGUUCAUGCGAACCUGAGCGCAGGCGUCACAAGUGUCACGUUGAGUCCCGCGUAUGGGGCCGAGGAGCUCGUCCAUCCGUUGUGGGACUCGAAGCCGGAGUAUAUCUUUGUGGCGCCCGGAUUGGAGGGUGUGGUUAGAGAGGGAAUGAAGAGGGCCGGUCUCCCCACCACGCAUCCAGGCUCAGGUCGACCCACCCUGUACCUGCUCAGCGACAGUGACGCCCACUCGACGGGCCCCAACGGGGAGCUCGAUGUGCGUACCCUCAUCGACGAGGCCGGCUCCAACACGCUAGCACCCAUCCCGCUCGAGGACGCGAGUCAGGUCGAUUCCUUCAUCUGCUACAGCUCCGGGACAAGCGGUAAGCCAAAGGGGGUGCAGUUGAGCCAUGCGAAUCAUAUCUGGAUGGCGGUGCAAAUGCCCCUCGCCCGCUUCGGAGACUAUCAACACGAGGACACAGCCCUAGCCGUCCUCCCCUUCCAGCACAUCUUUGCCCUCUUCCACCUCAUCAUCGCCGACAUCUGGUACGGCGUAACCGUCGUUGUUCUUCCUCGCUUCGACUUCACCCAAUUCCUCGCCGCCAUCCAGAGGUACCGCAUCGCUCGCAUAGAGAUCGUUCCCCCCAUCUGCGUGCUACUGGCCAAGUCCCCGCUCGUGGAGGAGUACGACCUGAGCAGCUUGAAGAUCCUCUUGUGUGGUGCGGCCCCGCUCAGCGCUGAGCUGGGGGACGCGGUCGAGAGGCGGCUGAGAGCGCGCGGCGGGGAUGUGAGGCUCUGCCAAGGCUACGGGCUGAGCGAGACGGCUCCCUCCGUCUCCGCCGGUCGGGCUGCGCUCUAUCGCGAGAUCAAGGGGUCCAUCGGAACCCUCUUCCCCAACUUGGAGGCCCGCCUCGUCGAUGAAAGCGGCAUGGAUGUGGGACACGAGCAGGGCACGCAGGGCAAGCCUGGUGAGCUCUGGGUGCGCGGACCGACGAUCAUGCGCGGCUACUUAAACAGGCCGGAUGCGACGCGCGAGGCGAUCGAUGAGGAUGGGUGGUUCAAGACGGGGGAUGUGGCCAUUGCGCCCGAGAGUGGGGUGAGCGACCCCAAAUUUAAGGGGAAGGGACACGGCGAGCAUUUUUGGAUCGUGGAUCGGUUGAAGGAGUUGAUCAAGUAUAAAGGCUUCCAAGUCGCCCCCGCGGAACUCGAAGCGCUCCUCCUUUCCCACCCCUCCGUAGGCGACGCAGCCGUGAUUGGCAUCCACUCCGAGGCCGAAGCAACAGAGCUCCCGCUGGCCUUCAUCGUGCCCUCCCCCUCCUGGUCCGGCGGGGACGAGCAGACGCUGGCGGAUGAAGUCAGGAAAUGGGUCGACGGGCGCGUGGCGGGACACAAGCGAUUACGCGGGGGUGUGAGAGUGCGAAAGGUCAUUCCCGUCAGUCCGAGUGGGAAGAUCUUGAGGAGGGUGCUCAGGGAUGAGAUCGCGCAGGAGACCACAGCGAAGGGGAAUGGGACGAAGCUCUGAGCGUGAGGUGCGGCAAUGCGACUAUCGGCUCAGGCUGCUAAUGAUAUCUUCAGAUUAAAGGGAGCGAU